UCCAUGCCGAUAUCUGGCUUUCAACAAAUUGACGCCAAGGCAGUCGCUGUGUAGUGAUGAACUUCUGGCUAGGCUUCGGCCUCAUCCUACUGCUUCCUAUCACCGCAUUCUUUGCAUUCCUGAUCCUUUCAUCUUGCAUGGGCGACAGAUUCCGAGCACGUGUUCAAGCACGUCUAUCCCCUCUAUCGGCUGUGUCAUACCCAGGGCAAGCAUCAUUCGGUCGAACGUAUGCCAGAUCGAUGAUGUCUGGGGCUGCUCCGGCGGGAUGGGAGCAGAUCGAAAUGGAGGACAUGAUGAGUGAUAUUCGCGAUUCAGGGGACGACGAAAGAUGAUGCUUGAGACAUGAUCCUCAAUCACGCAGAUUUUGCAUAUUGUUACAUUUUACAGCUUUACAAGCCACCGAUUAAGCUAUGCUCUUGCAGACAGUCACACACCAGAAACGCCUCUGUAUGCAUAUGCCGCAUUCGUACCAAGGUCAAUUCACAUACCAUUCCUGUUCCCCAGAA